CAAGGUGCCGGAUACCAACGGUGACGCGACCACCUGUCGGUGAAGACACGUUGCUAUCGCCACCUGUCUCGGACUCCCGUCCAUCGUCAGACAAGAGGAGUAGGAAUCGGACGGUGGGGAUUAAAUAUUCGUCCGCGUUAAGGGUUGGUGGGCGCCCGUCGGCAACUCGGCGCCUAUAAAUAUUCGCCGGUGUUCGGCCACCGAGAAAUCGUGAAAGGGGAUCUCCACUUGGCGGAAGCAGCGGAGAGAGUAGGAGGCGGCAGAUCAGGCUUCAGAUCUCUCGUCUUCUCCCUUCGCGUUCCGUGUUUUCUUGAGCGAGUCGAUCAGUCCAAGAUGGCGGACACCUUCCUUUUCACCUCUGAAUCUGUCAACGAGGGGCACCCCGACAAGCUCUGCGACCAGAUCUCUGAUGCGGUGCUCGACGCUUGCCUUGAGCAGGACCCCGACAGCAAAGUUGCCUGCGAAACCUGCACCAAGACCAACAUGGUCAUGGUCUUUGGAGAGAUCACUACCAAGGCUGAUGUUGACUAUGAGAAGAUUGUCCGCGCCACCUGCCGUUCCAUUGGUUUCAUUUCCGACGAUGUCGGCCUUGACGCGGACCGCUGCAACGUGCUUAUGUACAUCGAGCAGCAGUCCCCCGACAUCGCCCAGGGCGUUCACGGACACUUCACCAAGCGCCCGGAGGAGAUCGGUGCCGGUGACCAGGGGCACAUGUUUGGCUAUGCGACCGAUGAGUCCCCUGAGCUUAUGCCCCUCAGCCAUGUCCUUGCCACGAAGCUGGGCGCUCGCCUCACCGAAGUCCGCAAGAACGGAACUUGCGCUUGGCUGAGGCCGGAUGGCAAGACUCAGGUGACAGUGGAGUACCGCAACGACAAUGGUGCCAUGAUUCCCAUCCGUGUCCACACCGUCCUCAUCUCCACCCAACACGACGAGACAGUGACCAACGAUGAGAUUGCGGCUGACCUCAAGGAGCACGUCAUCAAGCCCGUCAUCCCGGAACAAUAUCUUGACGAGAAGACAAUCUUCCAUCUGAACCCCUCCGGCCGCUUCGUCAUCGGCGGGCCUCACGGCGACGCUGGGCUCACCGGUCGCAAAAUCAUCAUCGAUACCUAUGGCGGCUGGGGCGCACACGGCGGUGGUGCCUUCUCCGGCAAGGAUCCCACCAAGGUCGACCGCAGCGGUGCCUACAUCGCCAGGCAGGCCGCUAAGAGCAUCGUGGCCAAUGGGCUCGCCCGCCGUUGCAUCGUGCAGGUCUCCUACGCCAUCGGCGUGCCUGAACCCCUCUCUGUUUUCGUGGACACCUACGGAACAGGGAAGAUCCCUGAUAAGGAGAUUCUGCAGAUCGUGAAGGAGAAUUUUGACUUCAGGCCAGGCAUGAUCACCAUUAACCUCGACCUGAAGAGGGGCGGCCACAGGUUCCUGAAGACGGCAGCCUACGGACAUUUUGGCAGGGACGACCCAGACUUCACCUGGGAAGUAGUCAAGCCCCUCAAGUGGGAAAAACCAUCUGAUGCCUAAAUUUGAUCUUGUCCUACUGCUGGCGAUGCAUACAAACUAUGAAUUUUAUGUCGAAUGUGCUGUGUGGUUUGUCUUUUUUUUUUUUUCGUUUACUACAAGUUUGUACUCGAACAAUAAUUUGGAAUCUGAAACAAACUUAGUGGCUGCAA